UAUGCUCUUCUCUCUGCUGCUGCUGUUUGGUCGUGUAGGCUGACCAAACACUCGUGACUCGUGACUCGUGACUUCACGAGUCACGGAGUCAGCCAGCAAGGUUGAUUAGGCGAAGCUGCGAUCGACUCGGCUCGCUCGAUUUGGAAGCAUAUGUCCCGCAAACUCCCCCUUCCUCCCCUUCUCACUCAGCACUCACCAUCAACUCCUCACCAGUAUCGUGCUCGAGUCUGUCUCGGCGGUCAAGCUCGUCAAUCAUCACCGACUCGAGCCUGCUUCGGUGCACCAAGCGGCUUCGCACUUGCUCACACUUCAUGAGCCAUCCAUCCGACAAUCCGCAAGACGUCGAGGCAUCUCUCGCAGGUGCCAGUCAACGCACAAGCCAACCAUCGUUUGAGGAUCACGUAUAUCGUCCCACCCAAAGCGAUCCCAGCAUGCCCUCUCGGCCCCCUCCCGUUUCCGCUGCCGCUUUGACGCGCGUUCAGAUCCUCACCCCUCUGAGCAUCCUCGUAUCUGCCGGAACGCUCAUCGUCACUUCCAUCCUCAUCCAUCCUUCCUUGUCCGAAAUCAGCGAAAAGCAUGCCAACUACUUUACACCUUCUUCGGCUUGGCUGUUGGUCUAUUGGGGUGUGCUGUACCUCUUGCAGAUCGGAUUCGCCCUGCUCUGCGUGGUGGGCCAGCAAGCAGAGACGAAGAAAUUGAUCGCUAAUGGUGUUGGUGUCAGAUUGGCAAUUUGCAACUUUUUGCUAGCCGUAUGGUCCAUCACCUGGGUGGUCGCCAGUCCGGCCUGCUUCGUAGCGGGCGAGGUGCUGCUAGCCAUCAUCGCCCUCAUCUUGCUCAUCACCGCCGCCAUUCUGGAGUUCAUCUACCCUCCCAGCGCAAAGCAUCCUCUCGAUUGGAUCUUUGUUCACGUGCCCAUCAAGAUGCUCCUCAUCUCCAUGCUGCAAGUGGACGUGGCUCAACAACUCUUCAUGGCGCUCGAAUGGGACGUCUCGCAUGGCAACAAGGCCUUGCAAUAUUCCGUCUGGCCCACUUUUGCUACCAUUCUAAGCGUCGGUGCCUUCUCGGCCCUCUGGAUCUUUGCAUUUCAAGACCUCACCUGGGCAGCCUGCGGCAUCGUCCUUAACCUCGCCCUUCUUGCCUACAAGAUUCCUGAUCAUGAUCGACCCGCCGAAAUCGUGGCUGCAACGAUCGCCUCGAUCGUGCUUCAAGGCGUAGCACUGUUUGGCUCGUAUCUACAAAUCUACAUUCGCAGACAACAAGAAGGUCGCAUUCGUCUGGAGGAGGAAGAAGACCGGCGGAUCCAGAUCGCCGAAGCGGAAGCGGAAGCUGCGGCCGCUCGUGCCAGAGCUGACGCUCUCAGCUCGCACGGAUCUCGAUCUAGACUCGACAGCCAGCACGCCCUAGAGACGGAUUUGGAGUCGAAUGAGCAGGGAUUGAUCAAUGGACACGUCGAGGAUCAUGCGUCGAACGGCACAAAGCAGGACGAUGGGGUCAGCGUGACCAGAACGCUGGGCAGCGGAGCUCUCGAAGAGCGUUGAAAGCGAGAGCAACUUGAAGCCUCUACGAGGAAUGGAUGGAUCAGCACCAUGGAUUCUAUCCACCAUUGUGUCAUGUAAAUAUUUCAAUUGCGGCCGUUGGAAUCGCCCUGCAUAAUGCGGUCAGAUCAUGCCUUUCCCAUCGAAUCAAUCGCGCACCUCGCAUUGAAGUCUCAUCUGCUUGGCGCAAAGCCGCC